UAUAUAAAAUAAUUUCUGAAGAAUCCAUCGCAUGGCUGCAUCAUCAUCAAAAGAGAAGAAAAAUACCAAUGUCAAUGGGGUGAUUAUAAGAGUAUACGUAGAAUCAGUGAAAACUCGUUCCACGAAGAAAACAAAAUCACGCGAAAAUCUUAGAAAUGAAGAAACAAUGCGAUAUGAACAUGAUCGUCGUGCUUUGCUUCUUGGUCGUUCUCGAUAUCUUAGAAAAUCAGCUUCUGAAAAGGUUCCAUUGAAGGUGCCAUUCCCCAUUGUUCAAUCAAGCCCUAAAAUUAAAAGCAAGAUUAUAUCUUAUCAACCAGUUCGAAUCUGCUCGUGCUCACCGUCAAUGGAAACGGUUCCAAGCUUAACUAUCCGGGGCAGAAAUGAACUCAAAGAGAAAAAAGAAGAUAACCAAUACGAGAAGAGAAAGUCCAGUGAGAAAUACUCUCCCCUUUUCCUGGAUAAAAUGAAGAAGAUAUUGAGACAGCUAUCAUGCAAAGAAAUAUAGUUGUAUAAAAGACAUAGUGGUUGUGGUCUUGUAUUGUAUCCAUAAAUUUCAAUACCAUGGUUUUUUUCAUAUUUCCUUUUCUCUAGCUGAAUUCUCCAGUUUAAAACUGAUGGGCGCUAAAAUAAUUAGGUGUGGAGAUUUGUAUAUGAAUAAUGUCAUUUAUCA